GAUGGGGAAUCGGAAUCUUUCGGCACUUUGAGUUCCCCUUGCCUGUAAGUUCCCUCCGCCUGCAGUCCCAUCUGUGGAAGCAGCGGCGAGGAUGCAGUGCAGACUGGAGGCCGCAGGAAGGCUUGCCAGGGAGUUUGUGCGGACGGGAUCUGCUGUCAGAAAUAAAAUGGUGAAAAACUGGGGAGUGAUUGGUGGCGUAGCAGCUGCUCUGGCUGCCGGAGUGUAUGUGCUCUGGGGACCCGUUACAGAGAGAAAGAAACGAAAGAAAGGCAUGGUACCUGGGCUCCUGAACUUGGGGAACACCUGCUUUAUGAACUCCCUGCUUCAGGGCUUGGCGGCGUGUCCCUCCUUUAUCCGCUGGCUGGAGGAGUUCACAGGGGGCUACAACCAAGACCAGAACCAGCAGCAACAGCACCCCCAGCUGGCCAGAACCCUCCUGCAGCUUCUCAAGGCGUUGUCCACGCAGGAGCUGGCGGAGGGUGAUGUCCUGGACACAGGGAAGCUGCUGGAGGUCCUCCGAAUGUACAGAUGGCAGAUCAGCUCAUUUGAAGAGCAGGAUGCACACGAGCUCUUCCACGUGCUCACUUCCUCUCUGGAGGAGGAGGAGCGGAACCGGCACCCCCGCAUCACUCACCUGUUCGAUGUUCAGUCUCUCGAGAGCACCGCAGGAAUGGAUGAGAAAAACCUCAGCUGCAGGAGUCGAGGACCUUUGCAUCCAUUACCAAACUCGUGGCAAUCCCAGCAUCCUUUUCAUGGACGACUGACCAGUAACAUGGUGUGCAAGCGCUGUGACCAACAGAGUCCAGUCCGGUAUGAUUCGUUUGACAGCCUCUCGCUCACCAUUCCUACGACAACUUGGGGCCGGCCUGUGACGCUGGAUCACUGUCUCCAACAUUUCAUCUCUUCAGAGACGAUCAAAGAUGUGGAGUGUGAGAACUGCACUAAGAUCCAUGCAGGUGGAGUGUUAAAUGGACAGGUUGUGGAAAGCCAGAGGACAACUUUUAUCAAGCAGCUCAAACUGGGGAAGCUGCCCCAGUGCCUGUGUAUUCACCUGCAGAGGCUGACCUGGUCCAGCCAGGGCACUCCCAUCAAGCGGCAGGAGCAUGUGCACUUCACAGAGUUCCUGUCCAUGGACUCCUACAAGCACAGAACGGCGAGUCAGAGGUCACAGCGACAGAACCGGGCAGCCAGGCUGAGCUUUCCAGAGGAUAGCAGGGUGUCUCCCAAACCCUCAGAUCCAGACCAAUCAAACAACAACAAAAAGCCACUGACGAAUGGAGCAUGCUCAGCAGGGUACCUGCCCCCCUCCACAACAAGCCCCCCAUUUGCCCUCACCUACGAGUGCAGUUUGUCUGCAUAUCUCUUCCGAUUGUCAGCUGUGUUGGUCCAUCACGGGGACAUGCACUCGGGACACUUUGUCACCUACCGCCGCUCCCCUCCCUCUCCCAAGAACCCAUCCGCCUUCAGCAGCCAGUGGCUGUGGGUGUCUGACGACUCUGUACGCAAGGCCAGCCUGCAGGAGGCGCUCUCCUCCAAUGCCUACCUGUUGUUCUACGAGAGGGUCCGGCCAGCCCCCUCACUUCUGCGCCCCAGCCCGAGGCUGACGCCUGAGGAGUGAGAGAGACUGUAUCGCCAGAGAUCCUGCAGAUAGGAAUGCAUUGCACCUGCCUCUGCCCUGUGUAUGAUCAGUCAGGUGGAUUCCGUCUUGAGGUCCUUCCUUAACCUUAACCACUACAGUACUGUACUGAUGCCCCGUGUGUGUUGUGAACUUUCCUCUAUAGCUGUAAAACCUUUGUCUUUUUAAUACACAGAAACAAAUAAAUAAAACAAGAGGAGAUACAUGAUGUUCCACUGUA